CCACCUCUUCGUCAGACACACAGCUGCGGGACAGAGGACGCCGGCGGAACAAGGAAGCAAGAUGAAGGUCUCCGUCGUCUCCCGGACCGGCCGCGAGGUCGUCAAGGGCGGCAUCCAGCUCAGCGACGACGCCAAGGUCGCGGAUCUGCAGGAGGCCAUCCACGCCAAGACUAAGAAGUAUUAUCCCGCUAGGCAACGGCUCACCCUCCCUGUACAACCUGGAAAAUCUGGAAAGCCAGUUGUACUCAACCAAAAGGCCAGCCUAUCGGAUUACUGUGAGAAGGGUUCCGGGUCCCUCACCGUGGUCUUCAAAGAUUUAGGCCCGCAGGUCUACUACAGCACACUGUUCUUCUGGGAAUAUGUGGGCCCUCUUUUCAUCUACCCCAUCUUCUACUACCUCCCCGUGUAUAAGUACUUUGGAUAUGAGGGAGAGCGGGUCAUCCAUCCUGUCCAGACCUACGCCAUGUACUACUUCUGCUUCCACUACUUCAAGCGGAUCAUGGAGACGUUCUUUGUCCACCGCUUCAGCCACGCAACUUCUCCGGUGUCAAAUGUCUUCCGGAACUGCGCCUACUACUGGACCUUCGGGGCCUACAUUGCUUACUACUGCAACCACCCUCUUUACACUCCUGUGAGUGAUCUACAAAUGAAGAUUGGGUUUGGCAUUGGGAUCGUGUGCCAGAUCGCAAACUUCUACUGCCAUAUCCUGCUGAGGAACCUCCGCAGCCCGACCGGCAGCGGUGGUUAUCAGAUCCCGCGUGGCUUCUUGUUCAACAUUGUGACAUGUGCGAACUACACUACCGAGAUCUACCAGUGGCUGGGCUUCAACAUCGCCACACAGACCGUGGCCGGUUACGUCUUCCUCGCCGUCGCUGCGGCCAUCAUGACCAACUGGGCGCUCGGGAAGCACAGCCGUCUCAGGAAGCUGUUCGAUGGGAAGGAUGGACGGCCCAAGUAUCCUCGCCGGUGGGUGAUUCUCCCCCCGUUCCUGUGAAGAACUGGUGCUUGCAGGCAUUUCUGGGGAUCCAUUAUUUGUUCAGUUCCAGACGUUGAUUCUACGCACACAUUUCUACUAAUUAUGUAUCGUACUAGUUGUUAAACCUGUGGUCCAAAUGUUCUGAUCCGAAGGAUGGAUUGCGUAUCUAUUAUUGAAGAAAUUAUUUGGAUUUAUCU